AUGGAUCCUUUAUCGGCAGUCAGUUUGGCGGGAACUGUGGUCCAGUCCGUUACUUUUGCCUGCUCAUUACUGAAGCGGAGCGCCGAGAUCUACGAUUCCGCGGCCGGUAGUUCAAAUCAUCUUCAAAGUCUGCGUACAGUCCAUGGGCAUCUGCAGGCUUUCAGCGCCAAGUUCGCCUCCUCUGGAGCCGUCGGAGCAGACUCGAUACAACCAGUCACCGUCUUGAAUCCACAAGGCGACCCGACCUUGAGAGAGAUAUGUCAGGCUUCCAAGGCAGGUUGCGACCGGAUUGCCAAGGUCGUCGAGAAGCUCCAGGUACAGGAUGGACCAUGGCGUCGCUUGAGGAGCUUUCGUGCCGCUCUAGAGAUUGUCUGGAAAAGGAACGAGGUUGAGGAAUUGGACAAGCGGUUACAGAGGACGCACGUGGCAUUGACGCUUCACAUGUGUGUUGUCACCAGCCGUUUCCACGAGGAACAUAAAGCGGAUUUCGCCCGGUUCAAAAACACCUGCAACACAAACCAAAUCCAGCACAAGGAGAAGAUAGAACAAGUAUUCUCGAUGUUUGCUGCAAUGGAAAAUCGAUACUCACUCCCGGAUAGGGAUUUGGAUUUACCUCUCGCACCGGACCGCGUUCGUCUGAACUUCGAGCACCGGCCCAUGAGGCAUAGUCGCAUCGAAGCAGCCCACUGUCAGACUUUCGACUCGAUCUACCGUGACGGGACUAACGGACAGGAAGCAAAAUGCAACCUGUUGAGCUGGUUAAAGGCUGGAGACGGCAUAUACUGGGUUUCUGGAAAACCUGGCUCUGGAAAAUCCACCUUCAUGAAAUUCGUGGCAGGUAAUGAGGAUACUCGUCGCGCACUUGAUGACUGGGCAGCACCAAAAAAAGCCUUGACCGCGAGUCAUUACUUCUGGAUUGCCGGUACGGAUAUGCAGAAGUCACAGCAGGGUCUUCUACAAGAGCUGGCUCUGAAGAUACUUACCCAGUGCCCCGACUUGAUUGAGCCGACUUGUUCUGAAAGAUGGGGGGUCCUUAAGUCGGUGAAGGUUCCCCAGCCCGCCUGGUCAAAGGAAGAGUUGCAGCUCAUAAUGCGACGCGUUGCCGAGUCAGAUGCUGCGCCCAAGAUAUGCUUGUUCAUGGAUGGGCUUGACGAGUAUGACGGUGACCAUAUUGAGCUUUGUGAGAAUAUUAUUCACCUUACGCGAUCCGGCAAAGUCAAAGUAUGCGCCUCGAGUCGGCCUUGGAACGUCUUCACCGAUGCAUUUGGGGGCAAGGUAUCGAAUGUAUUACGAAUACACGACCUAACAGAAGCUGACAUCCGAAUGUACGCGGGGAGCCGGCUGUCGGAACAUCCACGAUGGGGUUACCUCAACGGACAACCUGUCAGUGGAGACCGCCUUAUAAACGAGAUAACCGAGAGGACUCAUGGUGUCUUCCUCUGGGUCUUUGUUGUCACCAAACUUCUCAGAGAAGGCUUGAGCAACGAUGAUAGCCUUGCAGACUUGCUCAGGAGGCUGGAGACGUUCCCUUCGGAUUUGGAACCGUUUUUCAAGCAUAUGCUGGAUACCGUCGAACCAUUCUAUCACAAUAAGAUGUCGGGUGCACUACAAAUCGUCAUUGUAUCGGGGAGACCAUUACGCUACCCAUUUUUCAUCUAUCACGACGAUGAGUAUGACGACAAAGACUAUGCUCUUAAGUUAAAACCGAAGAAAGUCUCUAUUCAGGAGCUUGAUCUGAAACGUCUGUACAGUAGGGUUUCCCGCCGUCUAGACGGCCAGUGCAAAGGCCUUCUGGAAGUCAACCACAACUAUGUCAAUUUCCUCCACAGAACAGUCUCUGACUUCCUCCAAACUCGAAAGAUGUCCGAGUACCUUGCCGCGAAGAGCGCGACAGGCUUCAACGCUAAGCUUUCUAUUCUGAGGGGCAGUCUAGCCUUCGUGAAGGAUGCAUAUCCUACUAUCAUGCAACGUGUCCCGGUCGAACAUCCUCUUGGAGAUGGCCCCGUUGAAAUAAACAGCCAAGUGAAGGGGGCAUUGAAUUGUGCCGAGCAAAUCGAAGAUGAAUGUCCCUCCCUUUGCGACACCGUUGGCGACAUUCUUGACGAUUUAGAACUGAGUAUCUGCAGGCUGAACUCGAGCCCAGGUAUUGCACAGCUCAUCGUCCCUCAACCUGGACGAAGCGCAGGUCAAGCUGCUAGAGGUUUCUUCCGCGCCAGCUUGAUAAGGUUUGGCCCUCGGGGCUACUUGAACAGGAAGCUUGCCCAAAUACCAGACUACUGUGACGACUCCGAGGGGCCGCCUCUGGCAAUCCUUGUGAUGCCAGUCACGGACAAGAGGAUGGGAUACCAGAGUCGGCAACGCAACGGACUUCGAGAUACUCUCCGAGUCUACUGGAACAUGGGGAGGACCCGAAUGAGGACUAUAAUCAUGACUGCAUCGGGAAAGAUUGGAUACGACUACAUGCCGCACCUGAACGGUGAAGCUUUCGUCUCCUUUCUCGAAUACGGGGCAGACCCAAAUGCGAAGAUAUAUCGCUCGACAACACGGGGUGUCAUGUCAUUCUCCACAGCGUGGGUCGACUUUCUACUCCUCUCCUUCUCCAUGCGGCCAGACUGGGCAAGCGAGAGCACGUACCUCCAGGUACUGGAUGCGUUUCUCCGCUGA